AAACAGGGACGAGAUGUAGUAGGAAACUUGCUUUCUAUGAAAUUUAGUAAUAUUUACAAAAAAAUAACAUAAAGAAUCAUCAAAAUCCCUCUUAAGUUAAUAGCCUGCCCAUAGGAUUUUUAGAUUUAUUUCAGUUUAUUGAAGGGCAUCUACACUCACUAUUCUGACACUUUUGUAAAGAUGUGUGAGGCAGUUAGUUAGCAAGCUAGCUAGCUAAGGCGGCAGGAGGAGAACAAAAGAUUUUUUUCAGUUUUGACCGGUUGCACUGACACCAAGUCCAUGCAGAACGUGUCAUCACCAACACAAUGCCCGUGUUACUUUUUCUGAUAGACACGUCCGCGUCAAUGAACCAGCGCACCCAUCUGGGCACUACCUAUCUGGACAUUGCAAAAGGCGCUGUUGAGACUUUCAUGAAGCUUAGAGGCAGAGAUCCGGCGAGCCGAGGGGACCGGUAUAUGUUGAUAAAUUUUGAGGACGUUCCCCUCGGAAUCAAGGCUGGAUGGAAAGAGAGCCAUGCCACAUUCAUGACAGAGCUGAGGAACCUUCAAGCAGCAGGACUCACAACUAUUGGCCAGUCUUUGAGGACCGCUUUUGAUUUGCUCAAUCUCAAUAGAUUAGUGUCUGGGAUAGACAACUAUGGACAGGGCAGGAAUCCCUUUUUCCUGGAGCCGUCCAUCAUAGUGGCCAUCACCGACGGCAACAAGCUGACCAGCAGUGGCGGAGUCCAGGAUGAGCUCCACCUUCCCCUGACCACUCCUCUGCCGGGCAGUGAGUUGACCAAGGAGCCGUUCCGCUGGGACCAGCGUCUGUUCUCCCUGGUGCUGAGGAUCCCUGGACACGCCACUGUAGAGCCUGAACCCCUGGGGGGGGUCCCCCCCGACGACUCGGCCAUCACCCCCAUGUGUGAGGUCACCGGAGGUGAGGCGCUGUCUACUAUGGACUCUACAGCUGCUACUACUGGGGACUACACGCGCUACUAUGCGGGACUACACGCCGCUUACUACUGGGACUACAUGCACGCUCUACUACUGGCCGCGUACGGAUACAUGGGCCGCCGCUACUACUGGGACUCUACACGCCGCUAUAUACUGGGGAUCUACGCCGCUACUACUGGGACUCUACACGCCACUACUACUGGGACUCUACCACUACUGGGAUUAACGACGCUACUACUUGGACUUACUACUACUGGACUCACACGCCGUACUACUGGGGACUUACAAUGCCGCCACUACGGGACUCUACGGCACUGGCUCUACUACUGGACUCUACACCCCCCUACUACGGGACUCUACAUGACGCGUACUACCUGGGACUCUACACGCUGA